UCUCCUUGUGCCAUUAUGUCAAUCGCAGGUUCAAACUCUGGUUGGGUAACUUCCUCCUCCCAGAGGUCUAGCUAUUCCCUUAACCAAGGCGGAGGUUCUGGUGGUGGAUAUUCUGCCCGUUUGAGUGGAGGUGGAAUUGGUUUGGGUAGUGGAGGUUAUAGUCUGGGAGUUGGAGGAGGAUUAGGAUCAGCUAGCCUUAGCUUGGGUGGUGGAGGUUUCGGUGCAGGUAUAGGUGGAGGUUCAUUUGGAUUAGGAGGGGGUUUGGGAGGAGGUUUAGGAGGAGGUUUGGGUGGAGGCUUGGGAGGAGGUUUGGGAGGGGGCUAUGGAGGGGGCUAUGGAGGGGGCUAUGGAGGGGGCUAUGGAGGAGGCUAUGGAGGAGGCUUAGGUGGCAGUGCAGCAUUUUCUUUGGGACGAUCCUUGACUUCUGGGGGUUUGAGCUCAACUCUGAAUGUAGGGGCACCACGUGUAGUACCCCAAUUACUGUCUAGAGCCUCAGAAAAACAGACACUAGCAGGUCUGAAUGACCGCUUUUUUUCCUAUGUAGAGAAAGUUAAGCACCUGCAAUUUGAAAAUCAGACAUUACAGACACAGCUGAACCUACUGACAGGUGGCACAGGAUCUGGCCCCUCAGAGUCCUCUACUACAGUAAAUUUUGAGCUUCAGCUUACAGAUCUGAGGAACACGGUUGAAACUCUAACGCUGGAAAAUGUUCGACAUGAAAUUGAACUUGACAACAUCAGAGGUGCAGCAGAAGAGCUAAAGACUAAAUAUGAAUUAGAGUUAGGCGUGAAGUAUCAACUGGAAACCGACAUUGCAGCAAUGAAACGGGACAUUGAGGUUGCUACUGAACUACGUACCACACUGGAACACAGGUUCUCCUCAGCACUUGAUGACCUUGAAUUCCUAAAGAAGACACACGAGGAGGAACUAACUUCACUACAGAGUAAAUUGGGAACUUCAGGAGAUACUUCUGUUUCAUUGAUUGAAGUGGAUGCAGUUAAAUCUUUUGAUAUCACAACCGCAUUGAAUAAACUCAGAGGUGAAUAUGAAAAAUCCGUCCAGCAACACAAAGAAGACGCAGAAACAUACUUCAGAGCUAAGAUUGAAGAAAUAAACAGUGAAACAGUGAAAACCUCAGAAGUUGUUUCCUCAGUGAAAGCAGAAAUUACCAGCACGAAGAAAGAGCUACAGUCAUAUAACAAUGAAUUGCAGUCUCUUCUGUCGGUGAAUUAUACACUUGAAAGCAAUCUGGCAGAGGUCGUAGCAAGAUCCAGUGUGGGUGUGGCUGAAUUUCAAGCGCAGAUAACCAGCUAUGAAUCUGCCAUUGAAUCAGCAAAGGUGGAACUUCACAAAAUCAUUGUGAACUAUCAGGAAUUGUUGGAUAUCAAACAGGCAUUAGAUGUAGAAAUAUCUACGUACAAGAAGCUGUUGGAGGGUGAAGAUCUGAAACUUCCUGACGCAGAAGCAUUAUCAGGAGGAACAUUCACAUACUCCUCUGACGGUGGUUUUCAGAAGAAGGACACAUCAAGUUCAUCAUUUUCAGCCGAAUUUAGCUUUUCAAGGAAAGACUUAAGUUCAGACUAAAUUUGAAAGAUUGAUGUCACCAUCUGAGGAAAAACCCGAUACCGUCUGCCUGAUGCCGCUGCGCUAUAUUUCAUGUCUUUACUGCUUGAGAAAUGUCAUGUGUGCUUAAUUGUAAUUGCCUUGUCAAAUACUAUUAUUAACUGGCAUUCUCAGCA